AUGCUCAAAAAUGCGUGCCGUUGUCGAGCUAUUGUCCAAAGGCAAUGCCCUCCGACGCAACGAUGGCUGAGCACCACCCCGACUAGGACUUACAACCCGCGACCCCAACCAGACGCGGACGGGUGGUAUGACGGGCGGAGACAUCCGAGCCGCCACGAAGAGCCCGGCUUCGAAAAACCUAAGCCUAGAGACGAGUACAGCGGGCGUGAUGGGAGGAUCUCGUCGUCAUCGCGGAUGGGCGCGUCUUACAGGAGACCCGAUCGAUUCAAUCCUAGGGAUUAUAGGGAUGCUCCUCGAGACGACCGUGGGCGAGAUGGAAGGUUCUCAUCACCAUCGCGGACGGACCCGCCUCGCAGAAGCAGGCCCUUGAGGCCGAAGAUCCAGGCUCCGAAGAGGAAGGGAGGCGGCUUUGUCUUGAUGCCGAAACUGUCGCAAGAGGAGCUGGACAAGAUCAACACACCAAAGGACGUGUGGGAGGCCAGGUCCCUCUACUACCGAAACCGCAACACCGGCAUCGCCUCCGCAAGCGCCAUCAAAGCAGCGAUCCAGGGCAUAUCGACAGACCCCAAGCCCAGCCCGCCGCCCCCGCUCCCCGAACUCGAGGGCGACGGUGGCGCCAUCGUCGCCUCCCACGUCCGGGACCUCCCGCACGCCCAGGCCGCCAGGUUCUUCCUCUCGCCGCCCGCGACGUUCCUCUACUCGGCCUUCCGCCUCAAGCACCACCCGAUCAACACGACGACGCCCGAGAUCUGCGUCGUCGGCGCCAGCAACUGCGGCAAGUCGUCCUUCAUCAACGCCCUCGCCAACGCCGCCUCGCUCGCAAAGGUCAGCGACCGCGCCGGCAAGACGGUGUCGAUGAACGCGUACGGCGUGGGGCCCCUCACCGGCCUCCCGUUCCGCAAGCCCGUCGCCGCGGAGGGCGGCGGCGCGACCAAGGAGGAGCGGCCCGAGCACGGCAUCGUGCUAGUCGACACGCCCGGCUACGGCUACGCCUCGCACGAGGAGUGGGGCCAGGAGAUUGUCGAGUACAUCAACAAGCGCACCAUGCUCCGCGGCAUCAUCCUGCUCCUGUCGUCCGAGAAGAAGGUGUCGGAAAAGGACGCGCAGAUCGUCAAGCUCCUCGCCGACGCGGGGCGGCCCGUGAUGCUGGUCUUCACCAAGAUGGACAAGGCGCUGCUGCGCCGGGCCCGGGAGGAGGGCGGCAUCGCCGAGAGGCUGCGCGAGGCGGAGCGGUGCUUCGCGCGGACAGGGUGGGACGGGUGGGUGAAGAAGGUGUACAUCACCGCGGCGAGGAUGGAGCGCGACAAGAGCUGGAAGGUCGACGGGACGGGGAGCGCGGCGGGCAUGGCGGGUGUGAGGAUGGGGGUCCUGGAGCUGGCCGGGAUCAGGGAGUUUGUCGCGCCCGAGCGAGCGAGGGUCUCGUCGCCAAAGACGGGAACCGGGACGGCGGAGGAGGAGAAGAGGUUGGAGCCGGGCAAGGCCUUGGAGAGCGAUCCGGCGGCGUGGUCGGGCGACGUGGUUUCGUUUGAGGAGCUCGAGAAGAAGUUUGGGGAUUGGAGCUCGUGA